UCGACUGGUUUAGUCAUACUUUCACAUUCAUUCGGUUCGGAUUGCUUUACAGCAGCAUUUGGGAGAAUAAAGUGGCUCUGCUGAUCAAGUGAUCGUUUGCAGUGCAUUCCUGCGUCGUUUCAGCAACAGCGUAAAGUGAUCGGUAAAGCCGGAAAAGAGAACAAGCAACGAAACCCUCACCACCGGCCGGUUCCAGGGGGAGGGCGGCAUCAACAUGCACGUCAAGGUCAGCGAAUAAUGUGUCCGCACCCAACCCAACACGGUGUUGUUCUGACAGCAAGUUUUGCGGUUUGCACGGCAGUUGUUGCCGUGAGAUACACAACAGUGAAUGCCGUGCAGCACAGCUGGAUUGAUUUACAGUGUGACUGAACCGUUUAACGAGAGAAACGAGCGAAAAGAGCUUUAAGCAAAAGCUGUAAAUGGUCGCGCAUAGAACAAUGAAACAGAAACGAGGCGCCCGGCUAGUGAAUGGGUUGGUUUUUGUUGUACUGCUUACGAUAGGGUGGGUGUCGGUGUGUCCACCGCCCAGCGCCCACGCUGAGUACAUACCACCUGGACCGAAAUACAAAUGCCCGGAAAAGACGAAGCUUAUCUAUCCCUGCAUCUGCACCCAAGGCACGGACGAUGGCAUAUUCAUACAGUGCGAAAACUCCAACCUGGCCAGCCUCUCGGUGGCGUUCAUCAAUCUGGCCAGCAUGAACGUACCGAUCGUUCAGCUUCGCCUGCAGCGAUGCAAAAUCAAGAACCUCUUCGGAACACUGCUCCACCGAUUGCAGGUAAAGCAUCUACACCUAACCGACACACCGCUGGCCAGCAUAGCGGAUCAUGCGUUCUACGGCAUCAACGACACGCUGCAGGAGCUACAUCUUGUACACACGGAGAUGACACAGUUCCCCACCGAAGCACUCAAAAUUCUUGGCCUCCUGAAGGUACUCAACAUCGAUGGACAUAAGAUCGAUCUGCUGGCGAAAGGGUCCUUUGCGGGGGCACAGUUCGAGGGUAGUCUGGAGAAGCUCCACCUAGUGAACGGACCACUGACAGAGCUUGCGGCGGACAUAUUUGGGAGCUUGAAGAAGGUGAAAACGCUCGAUCUGCACGGCAAUCAGCUGGGGACGCUUAAGAAGGGACAGUUCAAGGGGAUGCGCGAAGUGGAGAUACUGGAUCUGAGCUUCAACAAUCUCACGAAGUUGGACGCGACGCACGUGUCCGACCUGACCAAGAUGACCUGGUGCAAUGUGUCCAACAAUGCGCUCACUGAAAUUACUAGAGGAACAUUUGCCCGUAAUACGGUGCUACGUGUGGUAAAUAUGGCCGCCAACGCUAUCCGGAAGAUCGAUGCCAACACCUUCCGCGGGAUGCGCUUUCUGCGACGACUCUACCUGAGCGACAACAUGAUCAGCGAUGUUGGGCGGGGAACGUUCGGUUCGGUGACGCGCAUCGGUACGAUCGAUUUGGCGCGCAAUCGCAUCAAGAAGGUUGACUUUCAGAUGUUCUUCCAGCUGAACUAUGUUGAGUUGAUCGAUCUGGCGGAGAAUGAAAUAACGGAAAUCCAGAAGGACGCCUUCAAGGACCUCUACCUAACGCACAUCAACAUUUCCCACAACCGGCUGGAAACGAUCGAGCCGAAAUCGUUCAUCAACUGUGCGAACAUGACCGUGCUCGAUCUGUCCCACAAUCUGAUCCGCGCCAUCCCCCGGACCGCCUUCGACGAGACGACCUACGCAACGGAGUGGAUCGUCACGCACAACCUGCUCACCAACAUGACCCAGCUGCCCCUCUCGAACAUGACCGGGCUGAAGAUCCUGAACGUUUCGUACAACAAUCUCGUCGAGAUACCGAAAAACACCUUCCCGAAGCUGUACGAGCUGCACACGAUCGACGUGUCGCACAACAACAUCUCGCACAUCUACAAUGCCGUCUUUCAGAACCUGCUCUCCCUGCGCAACCUCAACCUGAGCCACAAUGCGCUCGAAAAGAUUGGCCCGUCCACGUUCGGCACACUGCCAACGCUGCUCGAGCUCGAUCUCAGCUACAACCGCCUGCGGGACAUUACGCGAGGCGCGCUGGCCAAAACGACCGGUCUGCGCUUCCUGCACAUGCAGCACAACAAGCUGGAGAAGGUGUUCCAGAUACCGAUCUCACUGAACGAGCUCAAUCUCUCGCACAACGAAAUAGCGGAAAUACCGGAGAAAACCUGGCCCACCAUGAACUCGCUGCUCGGGCUCGAUCUGAGCCACAAUCGGUUGGGGAACAAUCUGGCCCGGGGCAGCUUCGCGGGGCUGCUAACCCUGCAGCGCUUGCAUCUCGUGUCGAACGGGAUCUCCACCGUACCGAAGGAUAGCUUCUCCGACCUAGGGACCAUGCAGUACCUGUACCUCGCGCACAACAACAUAUCCGAGCUGCCGAAGGGAGCGUUUGGACGAUUGCCCAUCCUGUUCGAGGUGCAGCUAACGGACAAUGGGUUGGAAACGGUAGCCGACCGGGCGUUCGAUGGGCUGCUGCAGCUGCUGACUCUCAACAUGUCCCGCAAUGUGCUACGGUCCGUUCCGAACGGUGCCUUUUUUGGGUUGGUUUCGUUGCGCCGGCUCGAUCUGUCGCACAAUCUGCUCACCACGAUCGACAACAAGACGCACGGUUUGCUGGACGACUGUCUCAGCCUGGAUGAGCUCAAUCUAAGCCACAAUCGGGUUAGUUUCGUCACUAGAAAGACGUUCCCCUCCGAUCCGUACAUUCCCUAUCGUUUGCGAUCGGUCGAUCUAAGCUACAACACGAUGUCGAUCGUUACGGGCGACCUGAAGGUCGGCACCGGUACCGUCCAUCACUUGAACCUUUCCCACAACAAUAUCAAAGACAUUCGCCCGAACGUGCUGGGCAACUUGACAUCGCUGCGAACGCUCGACCUGUCCUACAACGAGCUGACCAAGCUGGAGAACGAAGUCUUCCGAAUGCCGGCCAACUUUACCACCCUCCAUCUGCAGCACAACAAGCUGAACAACGCGUCGUACGAUGCGUUGCUGAAGCUGAGCAAUCUUACGCUGCUGGAUCUACGCUCCAACGAGCUGACCCGCUUCGAGCCGGAGUUGGUGAAGCGUAUGAAGGUUUCCAACCUGACGGUGGCGUUAGGCGCCAAUCCGCUGCAGUGUGAUUGCUACAUGCGACCACUGUUCCACCAUCUCCGGUUGCUGCCCUCGAUCGGGGCGGUUUACCGGGAGCUGGAGUGUGCUGGGCCCGGUUCGCUUGCCGGCGAGCGGCUGUACAACGUGUCCGAUGAGCUGUUGGCGUGUGUUCCGGCUGUUGAAGAUGACGCCUUCCGUCCGCUGCCGGAUCUACGGUUCCGUGAGAUUGCUUACUUCCGCGGACAGCUGGUUGUGAACUGGUACGUUGCCGCCUCGUCCGAUGUGGCCGACUUUUACGUGUACAUUCGCGACCGUGCGAACAGGAUCAUUGUCGAGCGGACGGUAGCGUACAGCAGUCGAUCGCUUGCGAUCGAUGGGACGGACAUUGUGCCGCAGGGCGAUCCCCAGCUGGAGCUGUGCGUGCUGGCCAAAUCGAGCGACGGUGCGAUCAACUUCCUCGACACGCAGUGCGUACCGCUGCCGGCCGAUCUGGAGGCGGUCAAGCGGCAGUACAACGCACAGUACAACUACAAGUACCCGCUCAAUCUGGCCAAGGCCAGUGCUCGAUCGCGGGCGAGCAGUGAUAACGGGAGGGUGGGAAGGUUCAGUACAAUUCUGAUCCUACUUUUUGCAUCAUUUGCAUCCUCCUCGAAGCGGAUAUUCUAGCGAUAUUGAAACAGUGGCGCUGUAUUUAUUGUGCUCUUCCUUUCCCCAAUAAUUCUUAAGAACUGCGUCGUGGCGUGACAUUAGCUUUAGUGUAAUAGAAAUUGUAUAAAAGCGAGCUUCCAGUGUUGAUCCAGUUCCCUACUGCAUUGGGGAAACUGUUAGCUGUUAAUAUAGAUUGAGAUUAUAAAACACGU